AUGCUUCUCACCAAAAUCGCCCUCUUCUCAUGCUUGUUGGUUUUGUCCACAUUUGCUGAUUUCUCUCCAUUGAAACACAAAACGUGCGGUUAGUUUAAGGUUUCAGCAAAUCCCAUUUUAGCAACAAGAAAUGAUUUUUGCAGACCAUAAAGGAACCAUCUUGAGCGUAACUGCUGAAAACUUCGAAGCUCUCAAAGAAGGCACAAAAACAGUUGCCAAAUUCAAGGUUGGACAAAAGCCAAAGAUCAGAAUUGAAUUCACUGCUCAUUCAAACUCUGAAACCAUGAAGAACCAAAUCAAGGCUAAAAUCGAAGAUAAUUUGUUGGAUUUCCCACAACCAGGAAGAAACGCCUGCAAAUUCGGUAAGCUUUAAAAAAAAUUGGAUAUUUUCAUUCGAUUUAUCAAUUUUGUAGGUGUCCAAUGUCCAGUUGUUGCUGGCCAAUCACAAACUUUUGAGCAAGAAAUUGAAAUCCAAGACAAUCAAAAAGGAUACAACAAUAUUCCAGUCAGAUGGGAAAUUGUUAACGAUAAAGGAGAAGCUGAAGUUUGCAUCAUUUUCUUGGCUAAAGUUGUUUAA